AUGAGAGGCGCUCGCGGCGCCCGGGCUUUCCUCGGCGGCGUCCUGCUCCUCCUGCUCGGCCUCCAGACAGGCUCUUCGCAACCAUCUGUGAGUCCAGGGGAACUGUCUCCACCAUCCAUCGACCCAGCAAAACCAGAGUUAAUCGUCAGUGUUGGCGAUGAGAUUAGGCUGCUAUGCACCGAUCCGGGAUUUGUCAAAUGGACUUUUGAGACCCUGGGUCAGCUGAGUGAGAAAACACACAAUGAAUGGGUCACGGAGAAAGCAGAAGCCACCAACACAGGCAAUUACACGUGCACCAACGAGGACGGCCUAAGCAGCUCCAUUUAUGUGUUUGUUAGAGAUCCUGCAAAGCUCUUCCUUAUGGGCCUGUCCCUGUACGGGAAAGAAGGCAACGACACGCUGGUCCGCUGCCCUCUGACCGACCCGGACGUGACCAAUUACUCCCUCACGGGCUGCGAGGGGAGGCCCCUUCCCAAGGACCUGACGUUCGACGCCGACCCCAAGGCCGGCAUCACCAUCAGAAACGUGAAGCGCGAGUACCAUCGGCUCUGCCUGCACUGCUCUGCGGACAGGAAGGGCAGGACGGUGCUGUCCAAGAAACUCACGCUGAAAGUGAGGGCAGCCAUCAGAGCUGUACCGGUGGUGACGGUGUCCAAAUCAAGCUCUCUUCUUCGGGAAGGGGAAGAAUUCACAGUGACAUGCUCCAUAAAGGAUGUGUCUAGCUCUGUGGACUCCAUGUGGAUAAAGGAAAACAGCCAGACUAAAGCACAGGUACAGAGUAAUAGCUGGCAUCAGGGUGACUUCAAUUUUGUACGUCAGGAUCGGCUGUCGAUCAGCUCAGCAAGAGUGAAUGAUUCUGGAGUGUACAUGUGCUACGCCAAUAAUACUUUUGGAUCAGCAAAUGUCACAACAACCUUGGAAGUAGUAGAUAAAGGAUUCAUUCAUAUCAUCCCUAUGGCGAAUACGACAAGAUUUGUAAAUGAUGGAGAAAACGUCGAUCUGACUGUUGAAUACGAGGCAUACCCUAAACCUGAACGCCAGCAGUGGAUAUAUAUGAACAAGACCUUCACUGAUAAGUGGGAUAAUUACCCCAAGUCUGAGAAUGAAAGUAAUAUCAGAUAUGUGAGUGAGCUUCACCUAACCCGCUUAAAAGGGACCGAAGGAGGCACGUACACGUUUCUGGUGUCCAAUUCUGAUGUCAACUCGUCGGUGACAUUCAAUGUUUACGUGAACACAAAACCGGAAAUCUUGUCUCGUGAGAGGCUCACGAAUGGCAUGCUCCAGUGCGUGGCAGCAGGAUUCCCGGAGCCCACCAUAGACUGGUACUUCUGUCCAGGAUCAGAGCACGGAUGUUCUGUUCCUGAUGGGCCGGUGAAUGUGCAGAUACAGAACUCCUCCGUGUCCCCGUUUGGCAAGCUGGUGGUUCAGAGCUCCAUCCAUGACAGUGCCUUCAAGCUCAACGGCACGGUCGAGUGCAGGGCUUACAACGAUGUGGGCAAGAGUUCUGCCUUUUUUAACUUUGCAUUUAAAGAGCAAAUCCACGCUCACACCCUGUUCACGCCGCUGCUGAUCGGCUUUGUGGUUGCAGCCGGCAUGAUGUGCAUUAUCGUGAUGAUUCUGACCUACAAGUAUUUACAGAAGCCCAUGUAUGAAGUGCAGUGGAAGGUUGUGGAGGAGAUCAAUGGAAACAAUUACGUGUACAUAGACCCAACGCAGCUUCCGUACGAUCACAAAUGGGAGUUUCCCAGGAACAGGCUGAGUUUUGGAAAGACCUUGGGGGCCGGUGCCUUCGGGAAAGUGGUGGAGGCCACCGCGUACGGCUUGAUUAAGUCGGAUGCAGCCAUGACUGUUGCUGUGAAGAUGCUGAAGCCGAGUGCCCAUUUAACAGAACGCGAAGCCCUCAUGUCUGAACUCAAGGUCCUGAGCUACCUGGGCAACCACAUGAACAUCGUGAAUCUCCUGGGAGCGUGCACCAUCGGAGGGCCCACACUGGUCAUCACAGAAUAUUGUUGCUAUGGCGAUCUUCUGAAUUUUUUGAGGAGAAAACGUGAUUCGUUCAUUUGCUCGAAGCAGGAAGAUCACGCAGAAACGGCACUGUAUAAGAACCUUCUGCAUUCCAAGGAGUCUUCCUGUAGUGAUAGUACUAAUGAGUACAUGGACAUGAAACCCGGAGUUUCUUAUGUUGUACCAACCAAGGCAGACAAAAGGAGAUCGGCAAGAAUAGGCUCCUACAUAGAAAGAGAUGUGACGCCAGCCAUCAUGGAGGAUGACGAGUUGGCCCUGGACCUGGAAGACCUGCUGAGCUUUUCCUACCAGGUGGCCAAGGGCAUGGCCUUCCUGGCCUCGAAGAACUGUAUUCACAGAGACUUGGCAGCCAGAAAUAUUCUCCUAACCCACGGUCGAAUCACAAAGAUUUGUGAUUUUGGUCUAGCCAGAGAUAUCAAGAAUGACUCUAAUUAUGUGGUCAAAGGAAAUGCUCGGCUACCUGUGAAGUGGAUGGCGCCUGAAAGCAUUUUCAACUGUGUGUACACCUUCGAGAGCGAUGUCUGGUCCUACGGGAUCUUUCUGUGGGAGCUGUUCUCGUUAGGAAGCAGCCCCUACCCUGGAAUGCCGGUCGAUUCUAAGUUCUACAAGAUGAUCAAGGAGGGUUUCCGGAUGCUGAGCCCCGAGCACGCACCUGCUGAAAUGUAUGACAUCAUGAAGACCUGCUGGGAUGCUGAUCCCCUGAAGAGGCCGACGUUCAAGCAGAUCGUUCAGCUGAUUGAGAAGCAGAUUUCAGAGAGCAGCAAUCAUAUUUAUUCCAACUUGGCCAACUGGAGCCCCAACCAGGAGAACAUCGUGGUGGACCACUCCGUGCGGAUCAACUCCGUGGGCAGCAGCACCUCGUCCACCCAGCCUCUGCUCGUUCACGAAGACGCCUGA